CGUCCAAGUCCAUCGCAUAAGCAUUUCACGAGCGAGCACCAAACUCUCCAAAGUCCAAAGCUUACCGCUUUCUCUUAUUUCCACCGUCUGCUUCUGAAAGUAUGUACGUCCUCUUGAUUCGUCCAAUUCACAUAAGUUUAGUGUACAAACAACGUCUCAGCUUUCGCAUCCCUGAAGAUUUGUUUUUCUUGUUAUUAUCGUAGUAUUUUCUCGUGGAAAGAAGAGGACUUUGAGUUGAAUCGAUGAAAAACUAAAAUGGGUUUCUCAUCGGAUUCUUGUUUCUAGCCAAUGGUGUUUCUCUUUGUUUCGUUUUUUUGGUGUUUUCUACUUGUUUAUGGUAUCUUUGAGGUUGUUUCUAUGCAGAUUUCUAAUGACCAAUAAUUAUGAUGAAGAAGAUUCUUUAUCGAGUGAAAAUCUAUUUGGACUUCUGCCUGAUCAUUUGCUGAUAGAAAUUUUCAUUAGAGUCCCCGUGAAAGAGUGGCCCCAUAUAUCUUGUGUUAAAAAGCACUGGGCUAGUCUUUUUCGCAGUGAAUGCUUGUGGCAAGCGGCUCUAGCUAGCAUUUUCCUUCGGCAGAUCAAGCUCGAAGAUGGCCUGGGCCUAUUCCUCGAGGUUUAAGCAGGAGGAGAUUCAUGGCCUUCUAUAUAAGUAAACAAAUAUUUGCUGUGGACGGUGAGGUAGACGAGAUUGUUGGCCAUACUUAUCUGUUUUUGAAAGAGCAGCUUCAACUUUCAAUUAUGCCACCUCAUAGCGGAAUACUUCAUGGAACCGUUAUUGAUCAGUUCAUUGCUUGUGGGAAAUCAAGAGACUUAGCCCAUGAGCUUGCUUCACUAAUAUGGCUUGCAGUUCUAGACAAUUUGGAGGAAAAUGAGCGCACAUUUACCUUACUUAAACGUCUAGCUCAAGAGGGGGAUGUUUUUCUGCCAUACCCGUACACCAGAUCAGUGAAAGUCCAAUGGAGGGUGUUUGAGAAGCUCUUCACAGAUUUCCGUGAUUGCCUCAACCAUGUAGAUUACUAUGAUACUUUAGCAUGUGCUAAGAGCAGGUUUCAGCCAAUACCAUCUGCUUGGUUGGGAUUCUAAAGAUGGCUAAUCAUUGCUCCUUUCAUGUUCAUUCUUUUAUGUGCUUUCUCAUGAGACGUGAUCUGGAUUAAUCACCUUUUAAGUUCGAACCAUUAAAGUGAAAUUUGCAAAGUUUAUUCGUCACCUUGAGCGAGCAGCACUGAGUGAAGCCAUUAGAGAAGCUCAACUCAGCUGUGGCAAUUACAAGAUCAUCCUUCAACCAUUAAAUGUAGUAAUCUUAUUGCAAUAUCAUGGUGAAGAUAAGAUGUCUUGUGCUAUUUAUAGCUUUAUUUCAUUUGUGAAAGUGUAAUUUAUAUCUUCAAUUUUUCUGUGAGAUUUGAUUGUUAUAAACUAUUCUAUUAUAUGCCACUGGAAGUGGAUUGAUUUCA